UCCCUACUUACCUUAACUACCUACUACUUAGUUACCCCCCUCGUCCUCCUCCCUCCUCCUGGCCCGCAUUGCUCUUAUCACUUCCAUCCCUCCAGAUCCGCUGUCUGCUCAUCCGACCGCUCAGCGUAGAUACUGAGAUCUCAAGGCUGACAACUCCCAGUCGUCCAGUUUCAAAGCUCUCACGUCCAUCUUCAUGCCCCACGCAGUGAACAACGGCACCAUGGGCGAACCCGCAGUCAACGGCGAGAAGAUCCAUUCUCAAUUCCUUAACCACCUGACAUCCUACCCGGUCGUUUCAGAUUCCAUCGCAACCCUUAAGAGCAACAAGUACGCCGCCAAGUCAUUGGACUUCGCCGACCAGGGUUACAACCGCUUCGCAAAGCCCGUCCUUCCCUAUUUCUCCAAGCCCUAUGAAUAUGUCGCUCCCUACAUCAACAAGGCCGAUGCUUUUGGAGACCAGGGCCUGAACAAGGUCGAUCAGAGGUUCCCUAUCAUCAAGGAGGAUACGGAGAAGAUCAGGGACACCAUUGUCGACAGUGCCUUCUUCCCCCUCAAGCUCGUGGGCGACAUCAAGCAGCACGUCUUCGAACUGUACGGCUCAGAAUACAAGAAAUGCGGCGGAGAUGGCCUCGUGGCCAGCGGCAAGGCCGCCAUCACCACCAGCCUCCUCCUCUCCCAGGAGUCGCUGGGCCUGUUGAGCGCCUACUUGGGUGCGAAGAAGGAACAGGCCAAAGAUGCGACUGCCGAGAAGCUCAACAACUAGAUCGGUCAUGAGGCCCACGGGGGAAACUUUCGUGGAAGCGUCCCUGGUCCGUGUUCGUCCCACUUGCCACGACCUCAUAAGAUAAGACUUGCUUCCCUCCGUUCUGUGUGCGGCUAGCUGGAGUGGGUUGCGACGGUUGGGUGAACUUGUUCUUUUCUCUUAGCGGGAGUUCUAAUCUGUGAUACUGAACAUUGCAUUCCUCGUUUCCUCGUCCUGGUCCAGUACUGGCUUCCUCUCCGUCCUUCGUCCCUUUCGACCUCGCUCGAAUCGCUUCUGUUUGUGUGUUUGGAUAUAUAUAGCCUGGCUUCCUAUUUUUCUUUGUUAUCGGUCAUACUGUGCUCUGCUCCAUUCCUGGGUUUUCUUUUCCUCGUCUUUGGCACUUGUAUUUUCGACUCGACAAU